CUACGUCAUAAUUCAGCGUCCAUUCAGCGGGACAGUCGCGGUAUUUGAAACGUCUACGUCUGUGGCUGCAUAAUACAGUUACUUUACAUCGAAAUCACCGAAUUUGGAGUGAACUGAAAUGAUCGAUAUGAUCGAGAAAGAGGACCCGGUCAUCAGCGAGGAGGAGGCGGCACAAUACGACCGCCAGAUCCGAUUGUGGGGGCUGGAUGCACAGAAGAGGUUGCGAGGGUCUCGUGUGCUUCUGGCAGGGUUGGGUGGCCUGGGGGCUGAAGUGGCCAAAAACCUGAUCCUGGCUGGAGUCAAAGCGCUGACUUUGUUGGAUCAUGAACAGGUGUCAGAGGAGUCAUGUCGAGCUCAAUUUCUGGUCCCAGUAUCAGCUCAGGGUAAGAAUCGUGCCCAGGCCUCUCUGGAGCGAGCACAGAACCUCAACCCAAUGGUGGAAGUCCACGCCGACACAGACAGAAUCGAGGAUAAAUCAGAUGACUUCUUUCUACAAUUUGAUGCGGUGUGUCUGACAGGCUGCUCCAGGGACCUGAUGGUGCGGGUCGACCAGCUUUGUUCUCAGCACAACAUCAAGGUCUUCUGUGGGGAUGUCUACGGUUACUACGGUUACAUGUUCUGCAACCUUGGACAGGAGCACAACUAUGUGGAGGAGAAACCUAAAAUAGUGAAACCGAGUGGAGACUCUAAUGAUGGACCACAGGCAAAGAAAGCCAAAGUCGACCCGAACGAGACCACCAUGGUGAAAAAGACAUCUAGCUUCUGCACCUUGAAGGAGGCUCUGGAGGUUGACUGGACAAGUGAGAAGGCCAAAGCUGGCCUGAAGAGAACACCGGUGGACUACUUCCUACUUCAUGUCAUGCUGAAGUUUCGAACAGACAAGGGUCGUGACCCAGACCCACAAUCCUUUGCAGGAGACAGUCCGCUCCUGAGACAGAUCCGUGAUGAUGUCCUAGAGGCCUUAGCGGUCAGCAGUGACCUCCUGAAUGAUGACUUCAUCAGCUACUGCUUCUCUGAGAUGUCUCCAGUGUGUGCUGUCAUGGGCGGAGUUCUGGGACAGGAAGUAGUCAAGGCUCUUUCUCAAAGAGAUGCUCCUCACCGCAACUUCUUUUUCUUCGAUGGACGUAAAGGCAACGGCAUGGUUGACUUCUUUGGACCGAACUAAACAGCCUUCAAAAGUUUACACAGGACAGUUUUACACACAAAUGUCCUUGUUUCCAUCAGUGUCAGAUUAUUUAUAUCAUUACUUGACAAUUCCCAAAAUCCAUCUCUUCGUCUUUAUCAUUCGAUCCAUUUAACCACUCAAUUAUACAUUUUCAUGUGCCCACAGUGUUGCUGUUUUUUGUUUUUUUUACAUUUCCUAAUAAAAUGUUGUUUAGUA